GAGAGCAGCUGCUGGGAUGCCAAAGCGCAGCCGUGGUGCAGCUGGCGAGGGAGGGAACGGGGGGACGGUGGUCCCUGCAGUCCCCUCAGGUGAUGGCUGAUCUUCAAAACUGCCCUUCAAGCGGCCACCGGUCCCCUCAGACUCCUUGGGGCCUCAGACCCUCAGCUCAGGUGACCAGCAGUCCCCGCAGGACUUGGUGACCGUUCCUCUUUGCAUUGCCCUCCACUGAGCGCUGCUGCCCACAAUCCCCUCAGUGCUUUGCUCAGGGGAUCGGGGAAACUUGGCACAAGGCCAAGCUUUGCCUCCCUCAUUGUCUUGGGGUGCAAGUGCAGCCCUAGGAGAACCCACCCAGGCCCCUAGACCUGGCAGCCCUGGGUGUCCCAGCCCAGCUCUUGACAGAGGGCACCUUAGGGCCCACCCCAAAACCGCAACGCCAGCUCCAUUGGCUGUCAGGGCACUCAGUGCCACCACUGAUAUCAGAGUCACCCUGGGGAGAAGUAAGCAGCCCACACAGCUCCAUCUUCCAACUUCUGUGUUUGCCUGUGGCCUUGCUGUGGAUACCAUGCAGCCCUGUUGCCUUCUCCUCUUCCCCUUCUUCUUCUUCUUUCCUGGGACGUGGGCAGAGCUGGAGGCAGGCUCUCACAUGCUCCAGCUACUCCAUUUCGUCACCUUCCAAAAUGCCACAUCCAUGCAAGUGGGGGGCCUUGGCCUCGUGGGGGACAUCAAAAUUGGUUCGCUGGACAGACGCACCGGGGACAUCCAUUACCACCAGCCCUGGCUGCGUCCAGCCCUGCCCAAAGGUGACUGGGAUGUCAUUGAGAGCUCCAUCAAGUCAUACGUGCGGGAUUUCAACAGCCUGGUGCAGAAGCUCACCAACCACAUCAGAAUGUCCUACCCUUUCGUGUUCCAGUCAUCCAUAAGCUGCAAGCUCGAGCCCAACAGGACUACCAGGACAUUCCUUGCCAUUGCCUAUGAGGGCGAGGACUUGCUCCAGUUCCACCUGAAAAAGGGAACUUGGGAUCGGGUGCCAGAUAAUGAGAUGUCAGCAACCGCUGAGCAUUUGUUGAACAAUGCCACCACCCUCAAUGAGCUGAUACAAGUGCUCCUCAAUGUCACCUGUGUUGACAUUUUGGAAAGGUUCAUUGAGUACGGGAGGGCAUCUCUAGAGAGACAUGAGCUGCCCACUGCCACCGUCUUUGCCCGCAAAGCUGGCCCAGCCCAGCUCCUGCUGGUUUGCCGCAUCACCGGCUUCUACCCACGGCCCAUCAGCGUGGCCUGGCUGCGGGACGGCCACGAGGUGCCACCGGGCCCGGCCCUGAACACCAGCGCUGUCCUACCCAACGCCGACUUCACCUACCAGGUCUACAGCGGCCUGACCGUGGCCCCCCGUGAUGGGCACAGCUACGCCUGCCGCGUUCGCCACCGCAGCCUGGGCACCCGCAGCCUCCUCAUCCCCUGGGGGCAAUCAAAUGCUGGGCUGAUCGCAGGGCUUGUGGUUGCUCUGCUGGCAGCUGUGGUUGUCAUUGGUGCACUUUGGGUGUGGAGAUACAGGAAGCGCCAUUAAAUGGAAGAAUGAGGCCCAGCAGCUUUCUCCUGAGCACAGCAGCCCUGUUUGCUUCAAACCCUCACCUUGGGCACAAGCCUCCAUCUCCCUCUGCUGUGACAAAGCUCCAGGCACCACCAGGAGCAAGAUCAUCUCAGCAGGGAGCCACAGCUGGGAAAGAUGUGGUACUCAAGCCCUGCUGUUAUUUGCAUAAUGGACAAGGAUGCAAGUCCUCACCUGUUACACGUAAUCACUUUGUGCCUCAUGGCACUACCUAUGCACCUGCUGAGGCUUCUUCAGGCACACCAGUCCCCUGUAGCAAUUUCUUUCAGGUCCAGUAUGAUAACAGUACUGUCAGCAGGCAGUGCGCUGCGCCACUUCCAUUGUCACUUUCUAGAUAUUCCUCUUAAGAGCUGCUUUUAUUAACCAUAUUGCAGAAAUAGCUGUGCUUAAUCCGACCUGUUACACACAGGGUAAGUGCACACAAGUUGUGUUUAUGGCACUGCACUCUGAGGU